AUUGAGAAGCCGAAGGGAUCCAUUUGAUAGGCCCAACCUCAACGCCCCUCCAUUAGCCUAUACAUCCGGAGAAACUGACCGAUUCCAUUAGCCUAUACAUCCAGAUAAACUCACCGAUAUUGCAUCAUAAUCUGUGUGGAUUUUGUAACCUCCGCGUAACUCGACAAAACUCGACUAUGGCGCGGCAACAUGACUACGACGAUGAUGUGGACCAAGAGGAGGACGUGUAUGGAGAAGACGAGGAAGAAGAAGAUGAGGGUGAUAGACGGAAGCGGCGUAGAUCAAAUUUUAUUGAUGAUGAUGAUUAUGGCGGUGGCAGUGGUAGACGACGCCCUAGAAGCAGGACUGCUUCGGAAUUUUUUGACCUCGAAGCUGUUGUCGAUAGUGAUGAUGAUGAUGAGGAAGAUGAAGAAGAUGACGAUAUUAUAGUACAUAGUGGAGCAGAGAUACCUGAUGAAGAUGGUGCCAAACGUGAAUAUCAUCACCGGCUGUUGCCGUAGGAGGACCAAGAAGAAGACCUUGAGGAGCUUACUAGAAGUAUUCAGAAAAGAUAUGCGAGGUCAGCUCAUGAGGAGUAUGAUGACGAAGCAACAGAUGUUGAGCAGCAAGCUUUCUUGCCAUCUGUCAGGGAUCCAAAGUUGUGGCUGGUGAAAUGUGGGAUUGGUCAGGAGAGGAAUGUUGCAGUUUGCCUAAUGCAAAAGGCAAUUGAUAGACCCGAAUUGCAAAUUCGAUCAGUUGUAGCGCUUGAUCAUCUUCAGAACUAUAUAUACAUAGAAGCUGACAAAGUAGGCUAUGUGAGGGAGGUAUGUGAAGGCAUGCACAAUAUAUAUGCCGCUAACAUAAUACUGGUUCCCAUCAAAGAGAUGACUGAUGUUCUUACGGUUGAAAGCAAAGCGGUUGAUCUUGCCAGGGAUUCUUGUGUCAGAAUGAAGACAGGAACUUAUAAGGGAGACCUUGCAAUGGUUGUCCGUGUAGAUGAUAUGGGCCAGAGAGUCUGUGUAAAAUUAAUUCCGAGGAUCGACUUACAGGCUCUUGCAAACAAGUUGGAAGGUAGGGAUGUUCCAAGAAAUGAGGCAGUUAUCCCUCGACCACGCUUAAUGAACAUUGAUGAAGCUAGAGAGAUGAAUAUUCGUGUGGAGCGUAAGCGAGACACAUGGACAGGUGACUCUUUUGACAUUAUUGGACGUAUGUCAUUCAAAGAUGGUUUCUUGUAUAAGACAGUGGCAGUGAAAUCAAUCAGCACUCAGAACAUUCAUCCAACUUUUAAUGAACUCGAGAAAUUCUGCCAACUUGGUGAGGGUGGAAAUGGGGAUAUUGCUAGUGGAUCCACUUUGUUUGCAAAUAGGAAAAAGUGUCGUUUUAUGAAGGGUGAAUGUGUUAUUGUGAUUAAGGGGGAACUCAUGGACAUGAAAGGCCGUGUUGAGAAAGUUGAAGAAGAUAUCGUUCAUUUCAGACUAGAUCAUGAAGACCUUGCUGGAACUCUGGCUUUUAGCGAGAGAGAAUUACACAAGUACUUUGAGCCUGGAAAUCAUGUGAAGGUAAUAUCCGGUUCAUCUGAAAGUGCGACCGGUAUGAUUGGUUCUAUUAAUGGGAAUGUGGUGUACUUGGUAUCAUAUACAACUAAAGAGACUCUCUGUGUAUUCGCUGAUGAUGCUGUUGAGAGUUCUCUAGUAACAUCUGGUUUCAGUCGUAUGGGAAAGUAUGAACUACAUGACCUUGUAAUACUAGACAAUAACAACUUUGGUGUGAUUAUACGUGUAGACAAUGAAGCCUUCCAGGUCCUGAAGGGUGUGCCUGGUAGACCUGAGGUAGCACUUGUUAGACUUAGAGAGAUCAUGACGAAAAUUGAGAAGAAAGGGAAUGCCCAAGAUCACUAUAAGAACCAAUUAGCAGUGAAAGACAUGGUAAAAGUUAUCGAGGGUCCUUGCGAAGGAAAACAAGGUUCUGUGGAAUACCUCUUCAGAGGAGUUGUUUUUAUUCAUGAUCGCUUUCAACUUGAGCAUGCUGGUUUUGUUUGUGCCAAAGCUCAAUCUUGUGUGUUGAUUGGUGGCGUACAGGGUGACCCCUUCUCAUCAAGGAUUGCAAAUCUCAGAACUCUACCCCGUGUUCCUCAAUCUGCAUUGGGAUCAUCUAAAGGUGGAGGCAGAGAUAGAGGUGGAAGAGGGCAUGAUUCUUUAAUUGGAGCUUCUGUGAAAAUUCGCCUUGGCUCCUUUAAAGGUUGUAAGGGGUGUGUUGUUGGUAUCAACGGAAAUUUUGUCCGAGUUGAACUGGAAGCCCAGAUGACAGUUGUUACGGUCAGUCGCAAUCUUAUUGCGGAUAAUGUUAAUGCGUCCACAUCAUUCCGGGAACCGUUUAGAUAUGGUUUGGGAAGUGAAACACCAUCACAUUCUUCAAGGACUCCUCUUCAUUCACUCAUGACACCCAUUAGAGAUCCUGGAGCAACACCUAUCCAUGAUGGCAUGAGGACGCCGAGUCUUGUCAGAGCAUGGAAUCCAAUGAGUCCACC